AUGGCUUUCGUCGAAGAUGAGGAUUUUGUUGACGAUCAGUUGCAGUCGCUGUUAUCUUUUCCCGCUGAAGUGCAAGAAGCUAUUGAACAGGUUCUGCCCAGUAACGAUCCAUUAGACAGACCAGAUUUUAACCCUGUUGAUUACAUCAACACCUUGUUUCCUACUGAACAGUCUCUUUCAAAUAUUGACGAAGUAGUUGGCAAGAUUCGACACAAAAUUUGGAGGCUAGAUGAUGAAAUCCGUAAUGUUGUUCGUGGCCAGACAAAUGUGGGGGAAGAGGGUCGUCAAGCUUUGGAAGAAGCCCAGCGCGCUAUCCAGGAUUUAUUCAGUAAGAUAAAAGAUAUCAAGGACAAGGCUGACAAAUCGGAGCAGAUGGUUAAAGAAAUUACAAGAGACAUUAAACAGCUGGACCAUGCCAAGAGACACCUCACUGCCUCCAUCACCACUCUCAACCAUCUACAUAUGUUAGUUGGGGGUGUGGACUCUCUCACAUCUUUGACUCACGUCAGGCAAUAUGGCCAAGUAGCAAAUCUGCUACAGGGUGUACUGAAUGUCCUGGAUCACUUUGAGAAGUAUAUGGAGAUCCCACAAAUCAAGCAGUUAGCAGAUAGAGUGAAACAGAUCCAAUCAGAAUUAGGAAAUCAAAUCAUAUCAGACUUUGAAGAAGCCUUUCAAGGUUCUGGAGCUAAGUAUGGGCCAGGCAAUCAGAAGCAGUUGCGUGACGCCUGUUUUGUGGUCAACAUCCUGGACCCAAAAGUGAAGAGAGAUUUGCUCAACUGGUUUGUCAAGCUUCAGCUCUCUGAGUACGUGGUUCUGUUUGCAGAGGACCAGGAUGAAGCCUGGCUAGAUAAAAUAGACAGGAGAUAUGCUUGGAUCAAACGGGCGCUGGUGGACUUUGAAGAGAAAUUUGGUCACCUGUUUCCUCCUGAUUGGGAAGUCAGUGAGAGAAUUUGUGUCGAGUUUUGUCACAUUACACGUAAAGAGCUGUCCAAGGUGAUGCAGCGACGUCGUGUUGAAAUAGAUGUCAAGCUGCUGCUGUUUGCCAUACAGAGGACCAGCAACUUUGAGGCUCUCAUAGCCAAGAGGUUUACUGGAAUCACCAUGCAGAAGAACCAGCCCAAACCAGCCCAGAGUGUAUCCAUCAACAGCACACAGUCUGCACCGACCAACCCCUUUGAAGAGCCAUCAACAAAUCCCUUUGAGCAGGUGGAGAAGUCUCCUGAAGUAAAGGAAAGCGUAUCUCCCUUUGCUGGCAUAGUUUCACAAUGCUUUGAAGCCCAUUUGAAUAUUUAUAUAGAGAAUCAGGACAGAAACCUGGCGGAGUUGAUCAACCGGUUCCAGAGUGAUAUCCAGGCCCACGGCACACCUCGGAUGGACGGGGAGGAGAACAGCAACGUGCUACCCAGCUGCGCUGACCUCUUUGUCUUCUACAAGAAGUGCAUGGUCCAGUGCUCCCAGCUCAGCACCGGUCAGCCUCUGAUUGACCUCACCAAGACAUUCCAGAAGUACCUGAAGGAGUAUGCUCAUAGAGUCCUGCUGGCAAACCUGCCCAAGAUCAGCAAGGAAAGUGUCAACAUCAGUUCCGCCUCAGGGCUGAUACAGAGUAUACUGAAGGAAGGGGACGUAACCAAGUUCACCGAGGAGGAGCAGUGCAGGAUCUGUAGUCUACUGUGUACAGCUGAGUACUGCAUGGACACCACACAACAGCUGGAGGAGAAGCUGAGAGAGAAGGUGGAUGCUGAGUUCAAGGCUUCAGUGGCGCUUAAUGCUGAACAGGAUAUGUUUCAUACUGUCAUCUCCAACUGUAUACAACUGCUAGUGCAGGACCUGGAGACAGCAUGUGAACCUGCUUUAACCGCCAUGACCAAGAUGCCCUGGUCCAACAUUGAAGCUGUAGGGGACCAGAGUGGCUAUGUGACGGCAAUCACCUCACACCUCAAACAGAACAUUCCAGUUAUACGGGACAAUUUAGCCUCAUCUAGGAAAUAUUUCACACAGUUUUGUGUCAAGUUUGCCAAUUCUUUUAUCCCCAAGUUUAUUGCUACUCUCUACAAGUGUAGACCAUCCACCACAGUGGCAGCUGAACAGCUGCUGUUAGACACCCACAGCCUGAAGACUGUUCUACUGGAACUACCAGGCCUGGGAUCUCAGGUCCUGCGUAAAGCUCCUGCCAGUUUUACAAAGAUUGUGGUCAAAGGCAUGACAAAAGCUGAGAUGAUUCUUAAGGUUGUAAUGUCACCCCAAAAUCCUCCACAAGGAUUUGUGGAUAACUUUAUCCGCUUGUUGGCAGACUCAGAUAUUAAUGACUUCCAAAGGGUGUUGGAAAUGAAGGGGGUGAGACGUGGUGACCAGAGUUCCCUGGUAGAAAUGUACAGAGCGCGGGUGCCAGUUUCCUCCAUCCUGGCCAACACCAGUCCAGGCGGCCUGACCUCAUCCUCCACAUCACACCAGACCUCGGCCCCUGAACCAGAGUCCAGCCGCAUCAAGAAAUUAGAAAAACUUAUCAAGAAGAGGCUUUAGUUUUUACUGAACCAGAGUCCAGCCGCAUCAAGAAAUUAGAAAAACUUAUCAAGAAGAGGCUUUAGUUUUCCCUUAACCAGAGUCUAGCCGCAUCAAGAAAUUAGAAAAACUUAUCAAGAAGAGGCUGUAGUUUUCCCUGAACCAGAGUCUAGCCGCAUCAAGAAAUUAGAAAAACUCAUCAAGAAGAGGCUGUAGUUUUCCCUGAACCAGAGUCUAGCCGCAUCAAGAAAUUAGAAAAACUCAUCAAGAAGAGGCUAUAGUUUUCCCUGAACCAGAGUCUAGCCGCAUCAAGAAAUUAGAAAAACUUAUCAAGAAGAGGCUUUAGUUUUCACUCCACUACGGCUGUUAAAAUUUGUUCUGGGGUUGGGGUGUUAAUUGUGAUACAAAUGGCAUAAAGCUGAUCUGUAAUACAGAUGAUUGUCUCCUAUCUGAACUGCUUUGGUCAGUUGUCUUUUUUUUUUAAUUCUUAUUCUGGUGAUUACAACUGACUAGUUCCAUUAUUGUAGGUUUCGUUUUAAAACCUAAACCUACACUCGUUAUAUUUUGUGAUGUGAUUUCAUUGGCUAUUUAUUGAAAUCAGAUGACCAAUACCAGCAUUUGAUGCAUGAAUUAUAGUGAUACAAUGUAAACAAAAAAUGUUUUUUUUAAAAGAAUUGGUUAAUGUGGUGGUGUGCUUUUGUGCAAUAAUGUUUAAUUGUAUAUAAUGAGAUGAUAAUUUAAAUGAAUAGAAUAAACAUUCC